GAGGGGAAGACUGGGCGAGGCGGGGCGGGCGCCGGGUUUCCCGCGGUCGGAGGAGAAUCGCUCUUAAAGGGCCAGUACGCGCGUCCUUUUGUUCCGGGGCCGCCGGGCGGGGCAGGCCUGCAUUUCGCUGUCUCCUUGUCUGCUCUUCCGAAGGGCCAUGAUUUCCCAGUUCUUCAUUCUGUCCUCCAAAGGGGACCCGCUCAUCUACAAGGACUUCCGCGGGGACAGUGGCGGCCGGGAUGUGGCCGAGCUCUUCUACCGGAAGCUGACGGGACUGCCUGGAGACGAGUCCCCGGUUGUCAUGCACCACGAUGACCGUCAUUUUAUUCACAUCAGACACAGCGGCCUCUAUUUGGUGGCCACGACUUCAGAAAACAUCUCUCCCUUCAGCCUCCUAGAGCUGCUCUCCCGCUUAGCCACUCUCCUGGGCGAUUACUGUGGUUCCCUGGGUGAGGGCACCAUCUCCCGCAACGUGGCUCUUGUCUAUGAACUCCUGGAUGAAGUGCUGGACUAUGGCUAUGUACAGACCACAUCCACAGAGAUGCUGAGGAACUUCAUUCAGACAGAGGCCGUGGUCAGCAAGCCCUUCAGCCUCUUUGACCUCAGCAGCGUUGGCUUGUUUGGGGCUGAGACACAACAGAGCAAAGUGGCCCCCAGCAGUGCAGCCAGCCGCCCUGUCCUGUCCAGCCGCACUGACCAGAGCCAAAAGAAUGAAGUGUUUUUGGAUGUGGUGGAGAGAUUGUCCGUACUCAUAGCAUCUAACGGCUCACUGCUGAAGGUGGACGUGCAGGGAGAGAUCCGGCUGAAGAGUUUUCUUCCCAGCGGCUCUGAGAUGCGCAUUGGCUUGACCGAAGAAUUUUGUGUGGGGAAGUCAGAACUGAGAGGUUAUGGGCCAGGAAUUCGGGUGGAUGAAGUCUCAUUUCACAGCUCGGUGCAUCUGGAUGAGUUUGAGUCUCAUCGAAUCCUCCGCUUGCAGCCACCUCAGGGCGAGCUGACUGUGAUGCGGUACCAACUCUCAGAUGACCUCCCCUCCCCGCUGCCUUUCCGGCUCUUUCCCUCUGUGCAGUGGGACCGAGGCUCAGGCAGGCUCCAGGUUUAUCUGAAGUUACGAUGUGACCUGCCCCCAAAGAGCCAGGCUCUUAACGUCAGGCUGCAUCUUCCCCUACCGCGAGGGGUGGUCAGCCUGUCUCAGGAGCUGAGCAGCCCAGAGCAGAAGGCAGAGCUGGGCGAGGGCGCCCUUCGCUGGGACCUUCCUCGGGUGCAAGGAGGCUCUCAGCUCUCAGCCCUUUUCCAGAUGGACGUCCCAGGCCUCCCAGGGCCUCCUGGCCAAGGGCCCUCCACCUCGGCCCCUCCUUUGGGGCUGGGCCCCGCGAGCCUCUCCUUUGAACUUCCUCGGCACACGUGCUCUGGCCUCCAGGUUCGCUUCCUCAGGCUGGCGUUCAGACCCUGCGGCAGUGCCAACCCCCACAAGUGGGUGCGACACCUAAGCCACAGUGAUGCCUAUGUCAUUCGGAUCUGAGGCUCCCCCCACGAGGACACGAGCAGCAAAGGCAGUGGUCUGUGGAUCGGC